AUGAAAGUGCUGGUUACUGUCCUCAUCCUUUCAGGUUUGGGAGUUGCCUCCCAAGGCAAGGUAUGUAGCUUUCAGGAAGUUGUAGACCAUUUGAACCUGACCUCUAACAACAGGGCCUAUCAGUUGACGCGGCCCGUCCUGGACCACACGCAUCCCACCGUUGUGGAGCUCAACAUUAUCCUCUAUGCCAUCCUGGGCGUGAUCGAGAAAACACAAACCUUCAUUCCGUUCCUCUGGUUGACAAUGUGUUGGACAGACGAGCGCAUCUUUUGGGAUCCGGACAAGUUUUGUGGCAUCACGGAACUAUCCCUUCCAGUCGAGAUGCUCUGGAAGCCUGACAUUAUGAUCCUCGAGAUGGUGGAGAAAGACAACUCGCAGCCAAACUUUUACAUGCAAGUGAAGCACGACGGGACCAUCUGGAUGGAUCAGGACGUACGAGCGGUGAGCAUGUGCAUGAUGGACGUGCACAAGUUCCCCUUUGACACGCAGCGCUGCAACAUAUCGCUGACUUCUGCCGCUUCAGAGUAUAAAGACCUGCAAGUCAUCCCGGUGGCGAACUCAUCGCGGGCUACCGAGUUCAGCAAAGCUUGGAUGCAUUCUCAGGGAGAGUGGGAGUUCCUCCAUUUGUCCGUAAGCAGCAGCAACAUCACCAUGGAUGAAAAAGACUGGGCGCAGUUGGUGUACACGUUUGUCAUCAGAAGGCGACCCUUGUUGCACGUCAUCAACUUCCUGCUGCCCAUCCUCUUCUUCCUGGUACUGGACCUGGCCUCCUUCUUUAUUCCAGACCACCACGGCGAGAAGCUGGGGUUCAAAGUCACCGUGAUGCUCGCCAUUUCUGUGUUGUUGCUCAUCCUCAACGACAUCUUACCUUCCAUGUCCAACAAGACACCGCUUAUUGCCACCUACUGCAUCGUCAUCUUCGCCUUGAUGCUGCUCAGCUUGCUGGAGACCAUUUUUGUGGCCUACCUGAUGGAUGGAGACUCGCCGGAUAAGCCGAUGAGGUGCCUCAGGAGCGAAGAGAACGGGUCAACAGAUAAAUCCGACAUGGAAAGCCGACAAGUGGGAUCUUCAUGUACAUUCGUGUCGGGUGGAGAGAAACGAGAUGAGCUUCUGCCUGAAGUGGAGGAGAUCAACAACAGCGCGCUGGGGACGGAAUCUCGACUGCUGCUGUUGAUUGUGGACGAACUAAAGCAGUUGCAGCGGACGCUAAAUGUGCACCUGAGCAGCAAGAAAGACGGCAGCAAAUGUUCACACUUGGGCAGGAAAAUCAACAACAUUUUUUUCUGGUUCUACCUCUCCACCGCCACCCUCUUUCUGUCAAUUCUCUUUCUGGCCUGGUCCACAUAG